GGCCGGGAAAAAAGAAUAUCUCUGUGAAAGGAAACAAACUGGAAUGAUCCAAUGAUAUUACGUUUACAUCCCCACCCACCCACCCCAUACUAAAACUCCCCAUGUGAAUCUGGAUGUCUGUCGGCAAUCAUUUCUUCUUCCUUUUUUUAUUUUUAUCUUUCCGCUCAAACGGUGUCUGUCGUCGUGAGGGAUGUUCGUUUCGUUUUUCAGAUGAUGAGUUGUUGUCGAUCGAUGGCAACAACAACAACGACACAAGUUGCCACCGCCGCUGAUGUGAUAUGACACGUGUGGAUUGUCCCACAUUAGGAUUUCCUUCUCCCCUUUUUCUUAUUUUUUCCUCGCGCAAAACUCGAACGGGACUACUUUUGUGAUAUCACGAAGGGGGCUGUCUUGUCCCGGCGUCAUCGCACCAUGUGAUAUGGGACUGGACCCCUUUCGUCGUCGUUUUUCCGUGAGAAAGUGAAUCGAGUCGAGCAGCAGCCGCAGGAAGAAGAAGAAGAUGCACACAGUCGGCGUUCACGUGCUGCUGUUUGUUGUCUCACGCUCCUAGUCCUUCAUCUGAAUGGGGCGGAGCGAUUUUGAUGGAUGGGAUUCGGAUGUGCUGAACGAUUGCCUCGUUUCACAACCGCACCAGAGACAAAGUUGCGCUGCUGCUGCUGGCCGUUUCAACAAGAAGAUUCGAUUGUGUUUUCUCUACAUCAGCAGAUGAGGAGGAGGUUAUUAUCGUCCGUCCGGCGUCUAUUCCAUUGGCGUUAAGCCUCGGAUCGGAUGGAAUGAAGAGGAGGCGCAGCUGUGCGGAUUUUUCAGCUUCGCGUAAUGAUAUCAGUUCACACACACGACGGGCGGGCGGGUGGUAGUAGUUGCGACGCAAACACCUUGACGGACGCCCGAGCUCAACAGUUUUAGAGUUUCUGUCCGUGUGUGACAUGGCAGCGACGAUGGCGACGACAGUUGGUCCACCUGGCGUCCGUCCGUCCCGUUGACAAGACACCGACAGCCGUCGUCGACCCACCAAACCAAAGAGAAACGACAAACUACACACAAAAGAAAUAGAAGGAAAACAAACCAAUUUAGAAACUCGGUCCCACCGCUAUAGGCGGUGCUGGGGUCGGUACAUUUCCGCCAAAAAUGAUGUCGAUCAGAAAUUUCGAAUUUUUUUAAAAAUGGUCCGUCAUCACCAACUCUUAUUGUGUGGCGAUGAUAUGUUGUCCGUCUUCUUUUCCCCCUCAUCAGGGCAACUUUUCGAAAAAUAUUGGAAAAGAAAAUAAAUACGUCCGCCAUACGUAGAGGCCAACGUAUUAUUAUUAUUAUUAUUACUUAUAGCUUUCCAUCUUGUUUCUCUGGCCGGGAGACUCUGAGCUGUGAAAACCAUUCCGGCCGCUCUUUUUAUUUUUGAUCCUGUGGCACCUUCUGGUGCCGGCUGAUACUGAGCCCAUGUAACACAAAAACCUUUGCAGAUCCUCCUUUUUUUAUUUUUGUUGAUGUAUCGUAAAAAAUAAUGAUGGUCGCCUUUAAAUCAAAGACAUUAGCAGAAAUGUCAUUUUGCCAAAAUCGCCAAAUUUUUCGGUGGCGGGUGCGCGCGCAGCUCCCGCACAAUUCUUUCCUUUUAAAAAGUGGAGGAGAUGUGUGUUAUAGCUGGGCUUAUUUGGUGCCAAGCCCAGCAGUUCCUCUACGACCAUCCGUCCGUCCAGUUGCUGGGGAAAGACGCUCGUCAGAAAGAGACACACACAGCUCAUUUCUCCGUGUGUUUAUUUGGAUAAUUUCUCAAGUUGUUGAUUGUUGAUUCAUCAUCAAAAGGUCGCCAUCAAGAAAAAGAGAAUGCCGGAUGAGAAUUUAUCACCAGAGUGUCAGGAAGAAGAAGAAUCUGUCGGCAUCAGUGGCGGCGAAGAAGAAGAAUCUUCGGCCACCAGGAGGAAACGGUCGGGAAGAUAUUCCCCCCACAGCACGACGACUACGGGAACGACUCCGCCCAGCCGGAAGAGACAUCCAGUGACGCCCAAAACCGAAGAAGAAGAAGAUGAAGAAGUUGCUGCUGUCCAUGCCGGAAGUUCAGCCGCUUCCGAUUCGGAUGUGGACACGUCAGCCGACAAGAAUCUGGAAGCGGAAGCGACGACGAUCCCUUUGAAACAAAUUUUGGUGGCCGCCAUCAAAUUGUCCGGCUCCAUUUCCCGGCAGCAUUGCGACAGGGCCCUUCAGAUCAUCACCGAUCUUCUGAUUGGAGCCAUCGAUUCGACGGAAUUUCAACAACGGAUGACUCAGCUCGUCCAUCUGCCGUUCCGGCCGCUCGUCUUGCCUCUGCUGGACAAACAUCUCAAUUGGCUGCGCAGGGAAUUGGCUGCCAGACUUCAUCCUGUCCGUCUGCUAGCCCAGCACAGUUCCGGACAACAACAGACGACGACACACUUCGUCAAGGAGCAUGUGAAAGCCCUGCUGUCGCUGGACCGUCAGCUGCUCCAAGAUUCGACCGAAUCCUCAGCCUCGUCGCAGCACCAGCCCCAACUCGGCGUCUGGCAGGUGUUCCAACCAGGUGUAGGAGCCGAAGGAAGCCCCAGGACUCCUCCUUCUGGGGGAAGUGGCACGGCUGCUCCUGCAUCGCUGAUCAUGGCGGAGGCCACGCAACUGCAGCAACAACCGCACAACAACAACAACAAUAAUACGAGGAAACGUCGGGCUUCGGCCAGUUUGGUGGAAAAUGGUGGAGGAUCGGGAGGAGAUGACGCGGUGGAAGAGACGAGGAAAAGAGUCGCCUUGUAUUCGACUCAUCCGCCCGUUUGGCCCAUUCCGCCCAAAGGCAACAGCCAACCACAACAACAACAAGAAUAUCCAGCCACCAACGGCCAGCAACGUCAACACGAUCGGGAAAUGUCAUCGACCAAAAGUUCAUCCUCUUCUUCGUUUUCUGCUUAUCCAUCGACGUUGAUGACGUCAUUUCAACCGAAACAAGGCGACGAGGAAUGGGCAAACAUUCACACGAUGCUAAAUUGUAUCCUGUCGAUGGUGGAAAAGACGAGACGGGCGCUGGGCAUUCUCCAGCAACGGGCCAGCAACGACAAACAAGUGCAGCAACAAAAGCGCCGGGAUUCUUCAUCGUCGUCGUCGUCUCUCAUCCACCAUCAGCAAGUGACGUACGAGGCGUCGGAAUUGCGUCGCCAGGCCGGCGAGUUGAUCGCCCAAACGCUCAAAGCCACCGAGGAUCGCGUCAGUCAAGUCAAACGCAAAGCGGAGGAGGCCGUUCACGACGUGAGACGGGCGGCCAUGGCCGAACUGCAAAGGGCCCUGUCGGCCGAGCGGCUCAGAGCCGAGCGAUUGGCGGCGGAAGCGCGUCGCCAGGGAGCGGAAGAAGCUCUUUCGGCACUCGGCCAACACGCCAUGAUGGGCGCUGGAAGUCACCACCAUCAUCCAACAUCAUCGCCAGCCAAUAAGGAAGUGUGCUGGAAUUGCGGGAGACGGGCCAACGAGACCUGCAGCGGCUGCAACGUGGCCCGUUAUUGCUCCACGUUUUGUCAGCACAAACAUUGGGAGAUCCACCACAAAAUCUGCGGAAGGGUUUCACAGGUGAUGCUGGCGGCCGCCGCAGCUCCUUCGACAGGAUCGUCGAUGGAUCACCAAAGUGAAUCCGGUGGCAGUCCGUCCUCUUCGUCGCAGCAGCACGGCCAUCGGCACAGUUCGAAAACCCCUAGCCCAGUCCAGCAGCAGACAAAUGGAUCGGGUCCUGCUUCAUAUGUUCACUGAUUGAUAGUUGAGUUAAAUUAUUGUUCGACACUUCAGAUUUCCUUAAUUAUUAAGCUCCCACCUAAUUGUCCCUUUUUUAAAAUAGAAUUGCUAGUCACCUCUUAACCAUGUAAUUCAAUGUUUGUUUUUGUGUGUUUUAUGCCCAUAACCCACCCAGGAUCCUACGAUUGAUAUUAUUAUUAUAUUGUAUUAACAGUUCCAUAAUUAUUGGUCAUCAUGUCACACACGAUCUCACCCCUAUUAUUAAUCUCGUUUCUUUUUAUGGUGCACUCACUGGCGGUUCCUAUUUGAAAUAAUCUCACUCACCUUUUCUUUUUUUUUACUAAUCACCACAAACGAUUUCUGGUCACAGUCACUUAAAUGUCAUUUUCUCUAUCAUUAUUAUUAUUUAUUUUUUCCUGUUUUUAAAAACCGUGUAUUGUGACCGAAACCAAUCGAGUUCCUAGUCAAUAACCCAAAAUGCAGAAUGCAAUGGAACGUAUAUCCUCUUUGACAGGCAGCGAGUUUCGUUCAAAUGUUUAGUCAAAUUAUUCGUCAAACAUGAGCUGUCCUAUCUGUACUAUUGAAAAUCACCAUCAGUGACAGAAAUAAUCAAACGGUAUAAUAUUUAACCAUUCAAAAGUCUUUUUCAUUCGAGCAGGAAGAAAUAUCGAGCUUAAUUUUAAAAUAAACACUAUAAACUAAUAUUGA